CUGGAUGAUAUUAAUAUUGAAGGCCAAAAAGAACCGGAAACACGAUGCGUCACCCCGCGGCGCCCACCAUAAUCGCCGUGUUACUUGGUUUCCUUUUCUUCAUGGUCGUCUGGAGCCGGGUACGUGCCGAUGACCAUCACGAGGGAAAUCCUCAUCCAGACGAUAUUCCGCGGAAGAAAGAGAAAGAGGAAGCCAAUCUUGUCGGCGAUGGAGCCAGCACAGCGAAAGAUGAUCAAAGCAUCUGAACAUGUAU